CCUUCCUAAAACAGUGACAGCAAUCUCAGGGUCCAGCGCCAAGGCUCGACUCCUUCGUUUGCCCGCCAGCUACGUCAUCAUGCCUUGUCCGCCUUACGACGCGCGGCUUUCUGGGGAUGAUCCCUGCCCCUUAUCUCAUCCACCAUCGUAUUGUGUAACUGCAUUCGCUUCGACUAAGCCGUCCACAGUGUCUGCUGCUAUGCUUCAUCUCACUCAAACUCAAACAGAAUGCAUAAAUAUGUUUUUACGAUUCCUCAGUUCUUGA